AUGCACGUUCUCAACGGCUUCAGCUCACGGCGCAAGACGCCCAAGCCCCGGGACCUGCAUAUUCGCAAGAUUUCCUUCUCAGGCUGCUCCCUCUCCUCGGGCUGCUCCAUUGACUCGGCCUCGUCCACCUCGACUGCCCGCGGGCCCAGCCACCACCGCUCCGGCAGCGACGCCAGCAUCGAUCCCCUCCGCCUGCACCCCAUUGCCCAACCGCCGCCGCGCCUGCACGAGCGCGCCUACAUUACCUCGCCGCGGCGCCGUCCGGACGAGUCACCCCGCACAUUCUUCCACGGCCGCGACACAGACAGCAGCAGCGGUGGCGGCAGCGGUGGCGAGUAUGGUGUCAGCGUCUUCGAGUACGACGACAGCGACACGGAACUCGACGACGACGACGAGACCGUCUUUGAGCAGGUACACACCAACAGCAUGCCGCCCAUGACGAGUCCGCUCGACCACGACGCCGACGAGUCAGACGACGAGGACUACUUCUUCAUGCAGCUGGCCAAGCGCCCGCGGCUGCCACGCUCGCACUGGUCCGAGUCUACCAUCCAGACUCUUGCCCAACUCACGCCCGCCACAAGCAACAGGGCCACGCCCGUCGAGCGCCUCGAGGAUCCCAUUGAGCAGGCCCGCAUGAUGCUGCCCAACUUUAGCUACAAGCACAGCACCGUGCCGGCCCGUCCGCGCAUGAGGGCCAUGGACAGCGUCGAGCACCUGGUCAAGCUGGGCGGUUGGAAGCGCAAGGCUGUCGUCCUCGACAAGGAAAACGGUGCUCCUACCGACACGAACUGA